AUGCUUCUCGUACUGCACCUGUUAUUACUGCUCCAUCACGUGCUGCUGCGAUCUGUCCUCGACCGCGUGGUGAAAUUGUUCCACCGCAUGGCACCCACCAAAGAAGCUCUUGGACAACGAGAGAUUGCGCGAGAAGCCGAGAUCAGGCGAAAUCUUCCAGAAGAACGGCAGCAAGCGUCGUGCAUCUGGCUUCGUGGAAAAAUAACGGAAGCAUGGCAAUCAAACCACGAGCAAGGACCCGGUGUGGCUGCAUGCCAUCCUCGUGGCCCUAGUCACCUCGAAAGUGUUGGGACACAGGCCCAUGAUUGCAUCUAUCCAUUAGAUGAAAGUGGCGAAGCAGCCUCGUCGACUGUCGGCGACCAGCAGGUAGAAGAACCAUGUGUGUCCAUAUCUCCGAAACAUGUCUCGGAAGGCAGCAGUCCUGUCAGACUCAAUCGAUUCGAGCGACCCUCACGCAAUGCGGAGGAAGAUAUGCAUCUUCUCAGUCUUAGACGCCACCUUCAGUGCCAGAAGACUGGUGAACUCAAGUUCCGGACAGAUUUCGACGCCUGUUUUAGGGACUUCCCUCUGGAGAACCUUUAUGUACCACACUGGACUUGUCGCACGCCAGUCAGUGCUCAGGCUUCCAUCAGGAACUUUCGCGAACCCAGCGCGACGCGGAGUGAUAACGAGAAGCCGUUAGGAGGGUCAUGCCGACACGAUGAUGACAUCGUCGGAUGCAGCGUCUACGAGUAUGCGAGACUUCAUGGCUUGAUGGACGACGUGAUACUGCCGCGCAACAGCGAUGGUACCUAUAUGGCUGAGCUCGAUGCUGCACCGCCUAUUGAGCACCACUCGUCAGUGGACUCAACACUUACGCCGAGGAGUUCCGAGAUAUCGUCAGCGUUAGUGGCUACAACAUCUAUUGUCUCUGUGCCAGAAUCGAAUCGAUUGGCAAAGAGGUUUACUACGUUGCGCCCCAUCUGGUGGGCGAGGAAAGCAUCGCUUCUCAUCAAGCAUAAAAGAGACAGUGGGAAGCAUCAGCGCCUACCUAUGUCAGACAGCCUUCCAACUGCGAUCAAGCAGAACGAUGCUCCUGUGGGAUCUUGGACGAUUGAGGCUACCGAAGGUGGUCUGUUAUACUACCAUAGCGCUUUGACGAAACGCAACGAGCGACCUGUGCCAAGUCUGACGAAUUCUGCCACUAGUACCAUUGAGAUGGCAGAAGACAAGAGCUUUCCACUUGUGUGCGUGGUAGACAACGACGAAUACCAUGGCGGCAACAGCGAGAAUGGUUCCGAUCACGGCGCAAGGGUUGAAGAAGUCAUAGUCGGAGGCUGUUAUAUCUCCGUUGCGUGUGAGGAACAGUAG